AUGGAACCAGAGAUAGAAGAGGUUGAGUUAAUUAGUUCACGUGGUUCAUUAAGAAUUCCAAGAAAUUCUUCAUUAGACAUCAGCAAUGACUUACAUUACACAAGUUUGAAGGACAUUAUCUGCAAUACACCAAGGUGGUCAAUAUAUGAAGGAAAUGCUUUUGACUCAAACAUUGCUAUUAGGAACGAGUUGGUUAAACGUGCAGCUUCGGUUUAUUUACAAUCUGCAGCACUUUUGGCUACUAGAAACCAAAACUGCAUUGUAGCUUUCUGGGAAAGGGUGAAGGGAGAAGCUUCUUCAUGGUGGAGAAUUGUUGGUGGGAACACAAUUAAGGCUUGUCUUUUGCCUGUUUUUCAGUUUCUUAAUCAUAUUAGGAGGUUUCAUUCAUUGCCAUGA